AUGGGUAUCUAUAAGCGCAAGAUCACGGUUGAGGACAAUGCUAUCACUUCGGCUGUUCAUCUAACCUUGCGGCAGUCUUUGCUUCCAAACGCAUUGGUUAUGAUUCUUUUCUUCUUAUGGGGCUUUGCAUACGGAUUACUGGAUGUGCUGAACUCGCAUUUCCAAACUACCCUCAAUAUUACAGCUAGCAAGUCUAGUGGCUUGCAGGCUUCAUACUUUGGCGCCUACUUUAUCUGUCCGUUGACCAUUUCCGGCUGGAUUGCCCGCAAGUAUGGAUUCAGGGUCACCUUCAUGACAGGUCUCGCAGUGCUUGCCGUUGGAUGUCUUCUCUUCUGGCCCAGCGGCGUAAAAAAGUCAUUUGGUGGAUUCUGUGGUAGCAUGUUUGUCGUCGGAGCCGGUUUGUCUACGCUAGAAACCGCAGCCGAUCCCUUCCUUUCGAUCUGCGGACCUCCGAAAUACAGCGAGAUCCGUCUGAACUUGGGACAAGCUGUUCAGGGCGUGGGAACUUUUGUCGCACCUCUACUCGCCUCUCGGGUUUUCUUUGCCAACACUGUGGACGACAACGCCGGACUGAAGAAUGUCCAAUGGACAUAUCUUGGAGUUGCCUGCUUCGUUUCUCUGUUGAUCAUCCUCUUUUGGCUGGCGCCCUUCCCUGAGAUCACGGAUGCUGACCAGGAAGCAUUGGAGGGACAAAUAUCCGAGCAUGGCGAGAACACUGGCCCAUUCAAGAAACAGUACAACCUGUUCUUUGGUGUGUGGAGUCAGUUCUGCUAUGUCGGAGCCCAGGUAGCCGUCGCUGGUUAUUUUAUCAACUUCUGUAAAGAGGCUGGCAAGUCAUCUGCAGAAUCGUCCGACUUGCUUGCCAUUGCUCAGGGUCUCUAUGCCUUCAACCGUUUUGUGGCCACUGGCUUGAUGAUGAUGAAAAGUUUCAAGCCAAGAUACAUGCUGACGGUAUAUAUGGCUCUUUGUGUUGUUUUCUCAAUUGCUGCUAUGACUACAAAGGGUUAUUCAUCAGUGGCAAUGAUCAUUCUUGUUCUGUGCUUCGAGUCUUGCUGCUUUGCUACAAUCUUUUCUCUUGCCCUCCGUGGUCUUGGGCGUCACACCAAGCGUGGUGGUUCUCUGCUUGUCGCUGCCAUCUCUGGCGGCAUGGUGUUCCCUCCCAUGAUGGGAGCUAUUGUGACAAACAAAAACGCUCAUAUUGCUAUGGCAAUCCCCAUGAUGGGUUAUAUUCUCGCUAUGAUCUUCCCAAUCUAUGUCAACAUCUACAAGAAGGAUGUCAUGGAUAGUCAUCGGAACACCGAGCUCAAUGUGACGAUCCCAGUUGGUAAGGAUGUAGAGCUCGAGGCGCAGAAGAAGCCUACUGCCGCAACAAUUGAGGCGGUUGAAGAUGAGACUUGA